CCUGCUCGGAAUGAGCUCGGUACUGACUCGCUGAGAGCCACUAAAGGGCCGAUAAACCGCAUUGCUUGUAAAGGAGCAAUAAUGAACCCGGGCCGUCCCAGGUUUAAGUUGUACCGUGCUAAUGAUAGCCCCCUCAGCUGACACCAGACCCCGCCAAAUUAAUCAAAUUAACGCCCUGCCCGGGGGGGAUGCGCAGCCGGGGAGAGCCCUUAUAACCCCGGCUGGCCGCAGUUUGCAGCUGCUGUCCUUAGAAAUCCUUCUGCAGCCGAGGGGUAGAGGAAGAUUCGUUGGCUGGGGGUUUUUUUUCAGGGUAGCUUCAGAAUUGUAAGUUUUCCUUUGCUUUGUUUCUUCUUGGUCGUGGGAAUUAAAGCUGGUAUGGACGAAUAUUUCGUUUCAUACUCGAGGUUUAGCUGUAGCUAACUCUCAGGUGUGAAUUACAAACGUGAGAGGCUAGUUUGUAACUUGGAACUACUGGAGCGCUUUAGGUCGCCCCAAACCAUCAGCUAGUGACAGAUCUUGUAGAUAUACUCCCCAGUACUUGAAGUAAUGAAAACUGAAACCAUGAUUGGGUUUAUUUUUUUUCAUGCAGAGGACUUGUCUACACUCCCAGAGUGAAAAAGAUUUCCAUCUAUGAUGAUGACAGAUUUUACAGAAGAGCAUACGUGGUUACAAAUACAGCGUGAACUCAGUUUGAGGAAACUAACAGAGGGUUCCAAGUAUCAAGAGGAACUAAGAUAUGACUUCAAUAUAAAAGGGGAACUGAGGCACCUGGAUACAAAUGAGUCCUUUGUUUUCAAUUACUACAAGAAUGAACAUGAGCAGAAUCAUGAACGUUACGAAGUUCUGGGACAUUCUAUUACCCAGUAUGUUUAUGAGCUCCUGGGAAGAGUCUGCAUGCUGCAGAAGGUUUAUAUUCCUACUGAUGCUACAGAGGAUGAACCAAGAAGCUUCUUUUUCAUGAGCAGGGAUGCAUUAACAAGUUCCUCUAGCCUAAUUAUCUUUCUUCAAGACCAUGGAGCUUUUUGUGCUGGACAGUGGGGGCGACGGGCAAUUGUCAGUGAGGGCUUGAAACAUGGAACACAAAUACCAUUCAUCAAAAUGGCCCUGAAGAGCCACUGGGAAGUGAUUGUACUGAACCCCAAUGACAAUUUCACUGAUAUGAAAACUGAAAAGGAGACAUUUUCUGUCAGGCAGUCUGCCUGUUUGAUCCCCAAAAGGGGCAGCAGCAGCCCCGAAGAGCACACCGUGUAUGUAUGGGAUCAUUUCAUUGCAAGGAGUGCAGCCAGCAAUGUGGCCUUCAUUGCCCAUGGCUAUGGUGGGUUGGUGUUUGUUGAUCUGCUGGUGCAGCGAAAACGUGAGGUGAUGAAUAAAGUGUACUCUGUGGCAUUCAUUGACUCCACACACAACAUACAGCACCAGAGCAGACACGAUCCAGAAAUACAGGAAUGGAUACACAAAAACUGCCAAGAAUGGGUGUCGAACAGCAAACCCCUAAACAAAACUGUGCGCUGUCUCAUGAGAGUAAGUUGUCCUACUUUCUCUGCUGGAACAGAAAAGUAUGGUUUAGCACCCUCCUGCUGCUUACAACCCAUCUUUAAGUACUUGAAGAGCAUGCUGAAAGCCAAGAUCACAACAGCCUUGAGGAAUUCACCUGUUGCAACCAGAAGCAGCACAAGGAAGAAGACAGGCAAUUAA